AUGCUGCGUCGAAGCAGCCAUAGCAGACGCCGAUCCUACUGCGGUGAGGGAGGACGCAGAUACCGGGCUUUCGACAAUCGUGUCUCGCGCCCCAGUCCCCGCCCCGCUCUCCGCCGAGUUCUCCUCCGACCGCACGUCCAGUAUGGGCUCCAGCGUUAUCGGUACAUGCGAGAUUUCGGGCAGCCACGAGUGCGGCGAGGACCCGUACGACAGUGGGGGCGACGACGGCAGCGUCACGUCCAGCAGGUCCGGCGUACGCUCACGCAGGUCAGGAGUGGCUAG